CAAUAUUCUAAAAACAAAGAAGUAUUUUUAUACAAUAUAUCCCGAUUAUUCCAUAUACAAUAUCUGUGUGGAGAACAAUUGUGUUUAUAAAUGAAGGACCAUGAUAAGAAAACAACACUAAUUCUAAAUGAAUGGUACUCGGUUUGCCGCGAUGACGUCAUUGACGUGGUGCGUAAUGUGAGCGUAGGUGGGCGUAAGGUGAGCGAAAUGCGGACAGACGGAAGUUUGACUGAACACUAACCAGCGCGGCAGAUGAACUAUCCAUCAGUUUAUUUACAUCGUAGAUGUGGCGGCAACACGACAACAUGGAGUCGAGUGCGGACCGCGGACUAGAUGUGGAAUGUGUUGUUAAUCGGUGGAUAGUGGAUUAUUAUAUAUCUGUGGCGUUUGAAGCGUUCAGGAAUGAACAGGACAGUGAUUUCUGUGAGAUCAGAGACACCCUUCAAUGUCAUCUGGUUCGGCCGUUGGAAGCCAACGACGCCACACCCAAGAAGAUUCGAGCAAUACAGUUCCUCACCAGGAUAAAUGACGGUGACAAACUCGACUUCUCGUUUGACCCUCAGGAGGACCUCACGCCACUGGAGUCGGCUCUGAGCGUUUUGGACAGCAUCCGCGACGAGUUGCCGGUUCCCCAGAAAGACUUGGAGAGAGUACAGAAGUCUGUCAGAGAGAUGCUGGUGAUUGUGUGCAUUAAGAACCAGGCCUUUGACAAAGCCAAGGAGGUUUUGAUGAAAUACUUCCCCAAAAGCAAGGUUGGAAAGAAAGCGAUCUUCCUGGGGCUGGUCAACAAGAGGAGCAGUGAUCAUUCAGUCCUGCAGCAGGUCACCUACCAGCAGUUUAAACAGGAGAUGCUGCAGUUCUGUCAGAGCCUGUUUCCCUUCUCUCAUCCUUUCCUGUCCAGGGCUGCCAGACAGCUGGUGCUGAAGAGACAGGAUGCAGAGGAAGGAGACUGUCCCACAGACCCUCAGCCAGAAGACCACCUUCUACCAGCAACAGAGGAGAAGACAUCCAGACACAAACCCAGUCCUCCCCCCGGUGGCGUCCUGCUGACCCGCAGCCAGCUGAUGGCCGUUUAUACAGCCCUGGCCGAGGAGCUGAGGGAGCCCAUGACCUUUGCCGAGCUGGAGGAGGAGGUGGAAAGGGAGGUGAUGGAGGAGAACGCAGGAAAAGGAGGUGCUGCUGUGGACCAAGAGGAACCUCUCCUGCCCCUCUCUGAAAGCCCCAGGCAGGGCUCAGACGCUGUGUUGGAGCAGGACGUCCCCAGGUCCCAGAGAGAGUCCGACAGUCCAAUGGAGGCUUCCCCUGCUGACCUGGUUCCCCCUGCUGACCUGGUUCCCCCUGCUGACCUGGUUCCCCCUGCUGGCCUGGCACCCCCUGCUGGCCUGGCACCAGGCCCCCAGUGGAAGAGCCGAGGCUGGCCUCAUACCAUAGCCAGGCUGGUUAUGGAGCCAGACAGCCAGGAUUCUACGGCCUCUCGAGAAUCAGUAUCCAACGGGGAGGAGUCAGUCAGCCGGGGGGACCCACUAAGCUCCGCCUCCACCUACAGCCCACCAACACGGAAGUAUCGAAAACGACGAGCCGGCAGGAUAACCGAAGAGACCUCGUCUGACCCUGAGGAGGAUGUGUGUAUUCUGGAAAACACCCCUGAGCAGAGAGGCUCCGCACCCACCCCCCAGAGAUGCUCCGCACCCACCCCCCAGAGAGGAUCUUCACAUAAGAGAAUCCCUACCCCCACCCCCCAGACAAGCCACACCCCCCAGAGAAGCUCCACCCACACCCCCCAGAGAAGCCCCACCCCCCAGAGAAGCCCCACCCCCCAGAGAAGCCCCACCCCCCAGAGAAGCUCCACCCCCCAGAGAAGCUCCACCCCCCAGAGAAGCUCCACCCCCCAGAGAAGCUCCACCCACACCCCCCAGAGAGGCCCCACCCCUCAGACAAGCCACAUCCACCAGAGAAGCCCCACCCCUCAGAAGGCCUCCACCAGUAAAAAGGGACCAGAUCUGAAGUGGAAGCAGCUAUUCAGUGUUGCUAAGGAAUCCAAGGAUAGGUGGAGUGAUGAAGAGGAUUUAUUUGACUCUCCUCACAAAGACAGUUCUGAGGACAACGCCAGUACUACCGGAGGAGGCAGGAAGAGGGUGAGUUUAGGUUCUGGAGAAAGUACUACUGGAGGAGGCAGGAAGAGGGUGAGUUUAGGUUCUGGAGACAGAACUACCGGGUGAGUUUAGGUUCUGGAUACAACAGAACUAUCGAAGGAGAUAGGAAGAGGGUGAGUUUAGGUUUUGGAUACAGAACUAUGUUAACGCUAAGUGUUGUCCCCUACAGUGUGUUUACUAUCUUUACCCUAAGUGUUGUCCCCUGCAGUGUGUUUACUAUGUUAACGCUAAGUGUUGUCCCCUACAGUGUGUUUACUAUGUUAACCCUAAGUGUUGUCCCCUGCGGUGUGUUUACCCUAAGUUUUGUCCCCUGCAGUGUGUUUCCCCUAAGUGUUGUCCCCUACAGUGUGUUAACCCUAAGUGUUGUCCCCUACAGUGUGUUUACUAUACCUUGCGUGUUC